UCAUCUUUCCCCACACCAAACCGGUGGAACCGAAAACCACCAUAAACCCCCCUUAUCCCCACCGUCCACCACCACAUCCAAUGACGGCAACCGCCAUAACAACCGCCCUAUCCACCUUCCACAUCUCCAAACCCCACUCUCUCACCCUCACCCUCACCCACCUCCACUUCCGUACAUUACUCUCCCACUCUCUCUCCUCUCCUUCCUCCCACUUCAUAACCCCAUGGAUACAACAACACACCCAUUCGCCACGUCACCUCCACGUCACCGCCGCCGUCAAUUCACCCACCAAGAAGAAACCUAAAUCAACCAAAGAGUUGACCUCCGAACCUAGGUAUUCCAAAGCCGCCAGAAGGUUUUACAACGAGAAUUUUAAGGAAUCAUCGUCUCAGAGGCUCAGCAAAGUUCUUGCUGCUGCUGGAGUGGCUUCUAGAAGGAGCUGUGAGGAGCUGAUUUUUGAUGGGCGUGUGACUGUUAAUGGAUCUGUAUGCAACACUCCUCAGACUAGAGUUGAUCCUAAGAAGGAUAUGAUUUAUGUAAACGGUAACCGUCUUCCCAAGAAACUGCCGCCGAAGGUCUAUCUAGCUCUGAACAAGCCGAAAGGGUACAUUUGUUCGGCAGGAGAGAGUGAAACUAAAUCGGUUUUAUCUCUUUUUAAUGAUUAUAUGAAGAGUUGGGAUAAAAGAAAUCCCGGACAACCAAAACCUCGGUUGUUUACCGUAGGACGGCUUGACGUUGCCACAACUGGGCUGAUUAUUGUGACAAACGACGGGGAGUUUGCGCAGAAAAUUUCACACCCGUCAUCUGGUUUAUCCAAGGAGUACAUUGCAACCAUCGAUGGACCAGUACACAAACGACACUUGAUAGCAAUUAGUGAGGGAACAGUGGUUGAUGGUGUUCGUUGCAUCCCUGAUGCUGUGGAAUUACUACCUCAACAGCCUGAUAAAACAAGACCUCGUCUUCGUAUUGUGGUUCAUGAGGGGAGAAAUCAUGAAGUUAGAGAACUUGUCAAAAGUGCUGGACUUCAGAUUUAUUCACUGAAACGGAUACGUAUUGGUGCGUUUAGGCUUCCACCAGAUCUACUGUUAAGCAAGUACAUUGAAUUAAAACCACCUCAGUUAAAGGCGUUGGGAUGGGACGAGAAGUAAUUUUGACAAGUGGAACCUAUACGCAGAUGAAAGCGUAAAGUAGAGGCGUUCAGUUAUUUCGGUUGCAAAAAUUCGACCUCUCAUCAUGUACAAAGAGGGUAACAACUAAAUUCAUGAUUUUGUUGUUUUUCAUGUAGACUGACAGAUUAAUAGUUUAAUACUAGAAAAUUACUAAAACACAA